AUGACAGCCCCACGACUCGCCUAUCGUAUGCUGUAUACCACCACCUCCUCGCCAUGCACCUUCGGCACCCGCGCCUCGGUCCUGAGCCGGCCCUUCAGCUCAACCACUCUGCGCCUAAACAAAAGUGCCAGUGAUCAUGCCUCCUCCACGGCGCCAGAGCACCGCCAGAACCAGGCCGGCAAGCCGCCAAACCAAUUCGUGACCAACUCCACCUCCACCAUGACCAAGGACUACCCGAAUGUCGGCGAAAAGCCCUCGCCGCCGGAGAUGUUGAACUCGGUUGAUCCUAACUACCGCCCUGCGGAUCCGUACCCAGGCAAGGUUGAGCACUUUACAGGUGGCCGUCAGGAGCAGGGCGCGCAGAAGCCUGAGCUUGGGGUUGGCGAGAUGGAAGGUAUUACUUUUAAGGUUGAGCCGUUGAAGCGGGUUGGGGAGGACGUUACGACGACGAGGGCUCGGUUAUUAUAUCAAAGCCGGAAGCGCGGAAUCCUCGAGUCCGACCUGCUUCUGUCGACGUUUGCCGACAUCUACUUAGGACAGAUGACGCACCCGCAACUGCAGGAAUAUGACCGCUUCCUCGACGAAAACGACUGGGACAUCUACUACUGGGCGACCCAGGACCCCCCGGCUUCGGUCGAGGAGACAUCCGCCACGCCCCAGGACACGGUGACCGAGACCUGGAAGCAGACAGGCGCAAAGAGCGGCGAGUGGGCGCAGACCGUUGGCGCGUUCAAGGCUGCGUACCGUCCCGUUCCGUCGCGCUGGGCGGACUCGGAGGUUCUGCGCCUGCUGAGGGAGCAUGUCCGCGAUAAGAGCGCCACGGGCUUUGAGUCUGCCAAGAACAAGAAGACGGGUGGUGGCCUGGGUCGCAUGCCUAAUGUCCAGGUUUUUGACUCGUGA